AUGGAAAUUGUUGUUAUCUCUAAUAGUUUUACAUCAUGUAAUACAACUGCUAAGAAAAGUAUAGUGCUUUCCAGUGAAACUAGGAAAGAGCUAGCUAAGCAAGCUAAAGUCACUAAAGAGGAGAGAAGAGCUCAGAUAGAUGAAAGACACAAGUAUUUGAUAUCAAAGUUAUCUGAUGGAAUAGACUUAAGUGAGCAGCAAGUGGAGGAGGCCAUUAUUUCUGAUGACAAGUUUCAACUUAUAGAACAAUUCUUUGCUCCUAACGGACUUAAAAAGUUACUGUUCUUUUACCAAGAUGUUUUGCAGCAAACAUCAAAUGCUUCAUUGAGGUCAGAUGGAUCAACCAACAGUUUCCUUCAGAAGAAGUUAUUUCUUACCAUGGGUUCUACAGAGAACUUUACAGGAAUCUGUGCAUUUUUCCUAAGGAUGUCAGAUAAAGUUAUAACCACAUCAAAUGUUUGCCAGGAGGUGAAUUUUGGCAUCUUCGAUUGUUCUAAUGGAAAUAUCCUUCAGGGUCUGGAAUUGUUCUUGUCCCAGAUCAUGAUACCAGCGCUUAAAUCCCAGCAGCACUGGGGAGCUGUGAAAGAAGGUCUGAAGAACAGCCAGAUACAAGAUUUUCUAUAUUCCGUCGAUAGAUUUGUGGACACCUUGUCAUCAUCAAGACAGAAUCUGGAAGAUAGAAUUCAGCUUGCAGAAGUGGAUAUUGAUACUUAUGUCAGUAAUUUACAGAACCCGUCUGACUACAUAACUGCAGGAAGUAACACAGAGAUCACUGAGAAACUUGAAGAGGUGUUAAUGAUUUGGAUCAAACAGAUCAGACAAGUGUUAGUGGAGAGUGAGCAAAUGAGAAGGGAAGCUGAUGACAUUGGUCCAUCUGCAGAGCUGGAACAUUGGAAGUCAAGAAUGUCAUUAUUUAAUAGCCUUUUAGAUGACAUAAAGAGUUCAAGAGUAAAGAAAACUUUAAGUAUUCUUCAGGCUGCAAGAUCGAAGACAUUAAAGCAGUGGAAAGAGUUGGUAAUUACUAUGUUUUAA